UCGAAUCCAAAACAUCAUAUCUGUAGUACGGACUACAGGAGAAAGAUGUUUAACUCUGUUAAUCUGGGCAACUUCUGCUCCCAGACGCGUAAGGACCGGACAUCCGAGUUUGGGGACAGGACUGGCUGUGCCUCAAACAUCUACCUCCCCAGCUGCACCUACUACGUUCCCGAGUUUUCCGCCGUCUCUUCGUUUCUUCCACAGGGGCCCUCGCGACAAAUCACAUACCCCUAUUCCACAAAUCUAUCUCAAGUGCAACCAGUGCGAGAUGUUUCCUAUGGUCUGGACCCCUCCAGCAAGUGGCACCACAGAACCAACUAUGCAUCGUGCUACUCAGGAGAAGAUCUGGUGCACAGAGACUGUCUUCCGCCAUCCACCAUGACAGAAAUGCUCAUGAAAAACGAGAGUGUGUACAGCCAUCACCACCACCACCACCAGCAUCAUCCGAGCUCUAGCCACCCGUCCACUGGCUUCUAUGCCGGCGUGGGGAAAAACAACGUGCUCCCUCAAGGUUUCGACCGCUUUUUUGAAACCGCCUAUUGUAGCACGGACAAUCAGUCAGAACAUUGUUUACAAAAGAGCGAGAUGAACAAAUUAGAGACUUCGUCCCAGCAACCCACAGCUGUUUCCGCAGCCCAAGAGCCGGAAAAGGACGCAGAGGAUGAGGAGGAACAUACAAAUUCGGGCUCGUGCACUUCAGCAGCUACUAAGGACGGCAACGCAAGCAAGAGCAGCCAUUCGAGUAUCCCGCGCACAAGAAAGAAGAGAUGUCCAUACUCCAAGUUUCAGAUUCGUGAACUGGAACGAGAAUUUUUUUUUAACGUUUACAUCAACAAGGAGAAAAGGCUGCAGCUGUCCAGAAUGUUAAACCUUACUGACAGACAAGUCAAGAUAUGGUUUCAAAAUCGUAGAAUGAAAGAAAAGAAAUUAAGCAGAGAUCGCCUGCAGUAUUUCUCUGGGAAUCCGUUGUUGUGAUUGUUGAAAUUGUGUUGCCUUUUAUUUAAUAUCUCUGCAAACUAAAAUUAAAAAUGUCCAUCAAGCUAAUUAAAUCAUUAGAAAAUGUGUUUGUUGCGGCCAGCAGCAGUACUAAAAACUGUUAGCCUUGUUUGAUUGUAAUGGCUGAGGUUGGGAGAGAAAAAUGCAAAUUUGCUUAAUGUCAAAUUAAACCGGCAUUUCUAGUUUGUGAUUCACAAACUAAAAGGUAUACCUAACAAGUUUAGUGUUUUUGUUUUGUUUGUUUUUUGUAUGUAUGUGACAUAUUUUAAGUGAAAUGUUUAAAAUCUUCACUUUGAAAAUAGUCACAAAAUAGCUUACUAUAAUAUAUUAUAAAAUUGUACCCUCUAUCAUUUUAUGGUUGUAUAUAUGUACAUUAAAACACAUACACUCGACUCUGGUUCGAAUCUGGAGAUGUCAUACUUUUUUAUGUUUUCACCAUUUAGAACUGUGACUUGUACAGUCUGUAAUAUUGUAUUCCUUGUACAGAGUUUAUGCAUUGUGCAUUCGUGAAUGUAAAUAUAAUGUUAUUUUGAGUAUCCUCACCCUAUCCCUGCUGCUAUUUUUCUUUACAUUGCAUUUACAGCCUUGUGAGCUUUGUCGUUCGAUUAUUUAAAUUAUUUGAUGUACGCCCAGAGUUCUCAUUUAUUUUGGAGGGAUAGCUCAGCGAUCCGAUUUGGCCUGUGUACAACAUAUUAAUCCAAAAUAAACACAAAUAAAAGUAAACUGAUAUAUGUCAAUUGUGACUUGAUUUUAAAAAAAAUCAUAAGGUAAUCUAUGGUGAAGUAAAAUGUGUAUAACAACAGAGAUC